GGAGCCUCUCCCCAGUCCGGCCAUGGAGACAGCCCGGCAGGACUCCAUGCCCGGAGCCCAGAGGCUUCUGUGCCGCUCGGACGCUACGGCCCUGCCCCUGCUCGCGGCCCGGGGGCUCCCAGUCUGUCCCCGCGCGCAGGCUCGUGGCGCGGUCACGCGAUAGACCCGGGCCUCCGAAGUCUCCGUGCGCAUUUCCUCCCAGCGGAAUUCGGCCAGCCCGCGGGAGGCCCUUCUGUGGCUGCUCGGGGCGGGGCUAGGGGGCUUUGCUGCUGUGUCCCUGGAACGGUGGGCGGGGAUGUGCCGGGCAGAGAGAACUGAGGGAAAGGGGCUGUUUGCCACACAGCUCAUCCGGAAGGGGGAGACCAUCUUCGUAGAACGGCCCCUGGUGGCUGCACAGUUUCUCUGGAAUGCACUUUAUCGCUACCGAGCCUGUGACCACUGCCUUAGGGCACUAGAGAAGGCAGAGGAGAAUGCCCAGAGGCUGACCGGGAAACCAGGCCAGGUUCUGCCUCACCCAGAGCUGUGCACUGUGCGCAAAGACCUCCACCAGAACUGUCCCCAUUGCCAAGUGAUGUACUGCAGUGCAGAAUGUCGGCUGGCAGCCACUGAGCAAUACCACCAGGUCCUGUGCCCAGGCCCCUCCCAGGAUGACCCCUUGCAUCCUCUCAAUAAGCUUCAGGAGGCAUGGAGGAGUAUUCACUACCCACCUGAGACUGCAAGCAUCAUGUUGAUGGCCAGGAUGGUGGCCACAGUGAAGCAGGCGAAGGACAAGGACCGUUGGAUCAGACUCUUCUCCCAGUUUUGUAACAAAACAGCCAAUGAAGAGGAGGAAAUUGUCCAUAAACUUCUGGGAGACAAAUUCAAGGGCCAACUGGAACUUCUGCGGAGACUCUUCACAGAGGCCCUCUAUGAGGAAGCAGUCAGCCAGUGGUUCACUCCAGAUGGAUUCCGGUCUCUCUUUGCUCUUGUUGGGACCAAUGGCCAAGGAAUCGGGACCAGCUCCCUAAGCCAGUGGGUCCAUGCCUGUGACACUCUGGAGUUGAAGCCUCAGGACCGUGAGCAGCUUGACACCUUCAUUGACCAGCUAUACAAGGACAUCGAGGCAGCAACUGGAGAGUUUCUUAACUGUGAAGGAUCUGGCCUCUUUGUGCUUCAGAGCUGCUGCAACCACAGUUGUGUGCCCAAUGCAGAGACCUCCUUUCCAGAAAACAACUUCCUUUUGCAUGUCACUGCUCUGGAGGAUAUUAAGCCAGGAGAGGAAAUUUGUAUCAGCUACUUGGACUGCUGUCAGCGGGAGCGCAGCCGCCACAGCCGCCACAAGAUCCUCAGGGAGAACUAUCUAUUUGUCUGUUCCUGUCCCAAAUGCCUGGCAGAGGCUGAUGAACCCAAUGUGACCUCAGAAGAGGAAGAGGAAGAGGAGGAGGAGGAGGAGGAAGGAGAGCCAGAAGAUGCAGAGCUGGGGGAUGAGAUGACUGAUGUGUGAUGUUGCCCUGCCCAGAAAGGGCCCUGCCCUAGACCCUGCCAGAAAAGGGGGCUCUUCCCCCAGAGAAGUGGCUUGGAGGGAACUUCCCACUCCCAUUGCCUGCUUUCCCCAUUCCAGCCCUCUCUGCUAGAGGGUAGGAGAGAGCCUGGAUCUCUGGUCCCAACCCCCACCAGGCCUCAUGCCCUGGACACUGCUGCUGAGUUGGCUCAGACUCUGCACUGGCACUGAGCCUUUCACAACUGGCCUCCCCUUGAGGUUCCUCCACUCUAGGGUUUGAGGGGCUGGAAUCAGGGCCAGGGCCUAACAGUGUUUCUUCCCCUUGGCCCCACGGCCCAUACUCACCCCUUCACCUGAGGCUUCUCCCCUCUCAACUUGCUGUUGAUUUCUUUUGAGGGGUAAAAGAAAGACCGAGUUCAUUGAAGCAGAGACAGGAGGUGGUGAGGCGUCCUCACCUCCCCCCACCACAGCUGUGGCUGGUAAGGCAACUGCUUGGCCACUGGCCCAGCAAGCAGAGGCGGGCAGGAGGAUCUGGGCCUCCUGAGCCCCUUCCCUGAGGCUGUCUCCUGGGAAUGCUGGACCAGGGGGAUUACUCCCCCCACCCACACCCCCAUUUGGACAUCUGGGGAAGUGGAGAUUAACCCCUCCCCCAGACUCGUGCCUUGCCUCUCAGGACCUGGCACAGUGGCUGGCCUUAUGGAGUAUGGAAAAGGCCUCUGCCUUCCUCAGGAGGGACACAUAGGGGGUCAUCACCCUUUCUCACACCUGCUUCCCAAUGAGCACUCAGCAGCAUGGCUGAGACCUGGGGCUUGACAGCCUGUGCUCCUUAGAUUAGGAUGCUCUGGUAUUCCUGGGGCCAGUUAAAAUGGGUCAGUGAGGGGCUCUCCUGGCCUCAAUCUCCAUCUUUAGGGUCUCCACAGACUAACAUUGAAGUCUUCCAGAAACCUCGAGGAGCUGGGCUAGAUACUUCGAGAGUAGCCCUGUCUUGUCCCCUCCUACCCCCAGAUUAGCACCACCCCUCUCACUCUUGGGUUGGAUGCUAUGGGAAUUACAACCCAUCACUCCCAGUGCCUCCCUUUCCUGGAGGAGCCUGCUGCAUUCUCCUGCUGAGGGAUCCCAGAGAGGGCAGGUGCCCACCCCACAGGCCCUUUCCUGGACCAUGGAGCCAGGUGAAACCUGUCUGGCCCCUUACCCAUUGGGUUCUUACUCCUUCACAACGGUCAGCACUCCUCUCCCAACCCCCCUGCCCACUGUUCUCAAUAAAAUGUGAGUGGUGA